GUGGUUUUCCAGCCAGACAACGACAGAAACCGAUCUAUUUUACUCACGCGCGAGUAUCACGCCAAAGUAUUGUUCAACAUGAGGGCCUUGAUCUGCCUAGUACUGAUCUCUGCGGCGUUCGCUGCCGAAGAGAAGACGGUCCAGAAGCGUGGCCUAAUCGGCUUGGGUGACUAUGGACUUGGCGGUUGGUCUGGUGGAUAUGGUGGAUAUGGUGGAUAUGGUGGAUAUGGUGGAUAUGGUGGAUACGACGGAGGCCAUGGCAUUGCCGUCGCUGUCAAAGAGAAGACCGUCGCUGUUCCCGUCGCGGUUCCGCAUCCAGUUCCCGUCGAUCGUCCCUACCCUGUCAAGGUUCCAGUUGAAGUUCCCAAGCCAGUCCCAGUUGCUGUUCCGGUGCCAGCGCCGUACCCCGUUGUUAAGACCCAGACAAUCACGGUUCCCGUAGAGAAGCCUGUCCCGGUCCCCGUUAAGGUGCCAGUGCCCGUACCUGCCCCAUACCCCGUCAAGGUCGCUGUCCCCCAUCCGGUUCCAGUCCAUAUCUCUCACGCCGUUCCAGUCGCGGUCCCGCAUCCAGUCGUCGUCAAAGAAACGGUUCCCCCUGCCAUAUCCUAUGUUAAGGGAGGCUAUUACUAGAUGAAUUUCUCCUCAAAA